AUGUCUGUUCUUCUCGAUUCACCAGAUGUGGCCACUGGUCUGCAGGAGCAGCGCCUCUGCCCUUCAGAACAUGUCGAUGGAUCGAACCCAAUUCUAGAAAAAGCUACUACUUCCAAGCCAUUUUUCCAUGUGACCGCUCCGCAUGGCUGGAUAAAUGAUCCCUGUGGUCUUGGUUACGAUCCAACCACCGGAAUAUACCAUCUUUUCUUUCAAUGGAAUCCUUGGGGCAACGAUUGGGGCAACAUGUCAUGGGGACAUGCUACUUCAAGGAAUCUUGUAUCAUGGGAAACAUCUCCAGAACCAGCUAUGACGCCGUCCGCUCAAUAUGAUUGCCGAGGUGUCUUUACCGGGUGUUUACGGUCUACCGAUGUGUUUGGCGAACCUGGAAAGAUGACAAUAAUAUACUCGUCUGUCAGUCAUCUACCGAUUCAUUUCACAUUACCGUAUACAUAUGGCUGUGAAUCAAUCAGUCUUUCUGUGUCAGAAGAUGGUGGAAAGACCUGGCAGCGCCAGGAUUGCAAUCCUGUCAUCUCUGGACCACCUAAGCACCUUUUCGUGACUGGAUGGCGGGAUCCCUUUCUCACAACCUGGAACCGAGGAUGCCGAGAUGCCUCGACCGACAAAGAUUCGAACUUUUAUGGGAUAACAGCCGGUGGUAUUGUAGGCAAAGCCCCAAUUAUCUUUGUUUAUAAAGUCAACGCCCAGGAUCUUCGUCAGUGGGAAUAUCUCGGCCCAUUGGUAGAAGUGGGCCUCAAUUUUCGACCAUCACGCUGGUCCGGUGAUUUUGGCGUCAAUUGGGAGGUAUCGAAUUUGCUGACAUUGGCCAACGAUUCCGGUGACGAGCGAGACUUUGUCAUAAUGGGAGUUGAGGGGUGUCUGCGUGCGGAAAAUCCGAACGAGGAGACGCGCCGACAGGCUCGUUUUAAAAGAGAUCCUCGGGGUCAAAUGUGGAUGUCUGUGAGAGCGCGCAAACUCGAAGAGCACAACUCGAUCAAUGAGCCACUUUCGGAUUAUGCCUUUGCUGGAUAUUUUGAUCACGGGUGCUUAUACGCUGCCAAUUCUUUCUGGGACCCGCAGACCUCCCAGCGCAUCGUUUUUGGCUGGAUCACGGAAGAGGAUUUGCCUGAUGGUCCUCGUCAUCGUCAGGGUUGGAGCAGUAUGAUAUCGCUGCCUCGUGUCGUCCGGAUGAUGACAUUGCAUAAUGUGAAGAGGGCACGCAGCUCGCGACUGGAAACUAUUACCUCGAUUGAGACGAUUGCCGAUUCCUCCGAGCACGGCACCUUUACUAUUCAUACGUUAGGAAUCAGUCCAGAAUCACGACUUUCUCGGCUUCGAGCUGGUGCUAUUGAGCGCCAACUUACCGGAAUGUCUUUACCUGCAGUUCUCAAUGUGUCCUCCGAAGCUGAGAUCCCUCUAGCGACUUCUCGUUGGGAACUUCAGACUAAAUUCUCCGUCGGGAAAUCGUGUAAGAGGGUUGGUAUCGAGAUUGGACACAGUGCCAACUUUGAACAUCGGACGAUCCUUGCUUGGGAUACAUACAGUGAAACAUUUACGAUCCGCCGACCUCCAGUAACAAACACUGAGAUCAACCAUGGAGAUGAGUCGGCACCCCAUACGCUUUUCACAUUCCGCAGUAAGCAUGGCGACGAUGUUGAAGAGACGCUUCGCGUGCAUGCGUUCUUCGACAGGAGCGUACUCGAGGUUUUUGUGAAUGAGAGGACAGUUAUCUCAACUCGUAUCUACCAUCCCUCGGAGCAAUGCUUCGGUAUCAGAUUCUUUGCCGAGGCAACGAAUUUCCAGUCUGGCGAGCCGGCGAUACUCCUUGAAGCUCAAGCUUGGGAUGGGCUCGAAGCAAGGUCGCAAUAA